AUGGCAAUUACAAAUUACUUCUACGAAUUAUCUGGGAAUAUGUUGAACUCGAUCAAUCAACUCAUGGACCCUGCUACCCGCGAGAGGUUGUACAAGGCUACCAGUUCAUUCGCACACCAAAGGCCCUUUCUCUUUUUUUUUUUUGUGUCGCACCUCAUCUUUUCGACCACGCCAAUCCUUCUUUUUAUCUCGUUUGUAGUUAGCACGUUUCUCUUCUCGAUCGCUACUGCAACAAUUUUUACGCUAUUCUGGGUUAUCAUUGCCGUGACUUUGCUUGUGGCUAUGCUAUUUGUCAGCUUCAGUGUCGGUAUGGCCGUGUGGGUUUGGGGUGUAAGUGGAUUUUUGGCAGCAAGAUGGGCCUAUCGAUUGUAUAAUGGUAAAAACUCCAAAAACGCUAGUGUUGGUGCAGGAAACAAGAUAGAGGCAAGAGAAAAGAAUGAAGGUAAAAAUGAUGCAAACAAGGUGAACAGCACGGAUUACCAGCAGAAAAAGGACGACAUGAAAACAAAGUUGGAAGAUAGGAGAGAUGCAAUUCGGGUGAAAAUGGAAAACUACAGGGAUGUGGUGGCUUGA